AUGGAUACCGAUGUAUACAUGGAUCUGCCGCAUGUAAUGCUGGAAAGGAUGACUUACCAGGAACAGGAUGCCGAAAUCUUGAAACAAGCCCGCACCAUGGUUAAAGACCUCGGUACUGCCAAAUAUUGUCUAGGUAUCGAAAUUCGACACGACGAGGAGAAGGUUUGUCUUAGUCAACGAGGCUAUAUUAAAGAAGUCUUGAAGCGCUUUGGCAUGAGCGAUUGCAAACCCGUCGAUACUCCAAUCGCUUUAGGCAUCAAGCUAAUGAAGAGCUCAGAUGUUGAGGAAAAUAAUGUUGAAAAUCAUCCAUACCAAGAACUAAUCGAAGCCUUGAUGUACGCUGGUGUGAGACAUUGCGCACGCACAGAAGCGGAAUACAUGGUUAUCGCCGUCGCUGCCAAAGAAGCCAUAUACCUCACCAACUUUCUCAAGAAGCUGGGAUUUGCCGAUCUCGCAGACGUUGUAAUUUACAACAAUAAUCGUAAUGCUGGGCUGUUGGCAGAAGGGCAUGUGUUCUACGUCAGAUCUAAACACAUAGACAUCAAACAUCAUUUUAUUUGUCACGCGAUGAAGGAACGCACACUAAAGCUCGCAUAUCUAUCAACCAAAGAAAUGAUCGCCGAUAUUCUCACUAAGGCAUUGCCAGGAGUUAAAUAUUUGAAAUGCGUAAUCGGCCUGGGACACCAAUGUAGCAAAUGUUCUCGGGCGCAACUUGAAGGAGUGUUGUUUGGGUGA